AUGAUUCACAUCUUGUCCUUGCUGAUGUUCUUUCCUAUUUUCCAGAAAUCAGCUUCUCGGUGUUCGCCUACAGUAUUUUAUAGAAACUGCUGGAUACAUCGUCUUCCUGGGGUACUUAUAGACGUGCCUCUGUCCAGGAGCAGAGGCGCCCAUUUGAUCAAUGAUUACAAUGCGAAGACAGCUUGGCAGUGCGUCAGGACUUGCUGUCUAAGACAGAAUGAUACUUGUAAUGUAGCCGUUUUCAAAUUUAUUCAAGAUCAGAGCCGCUCCAACUGUUUUCACCUCAACUGCCCAAGUCAGGAGAGCUGCAUAAUGAGAAGGAAGAUUGAUUUCAUACUCUUUAAUGUUAGAAAAGGAGAGGAUCCAGAUUUACUCAUUUUUGGAAAUCGGAGUAAAAGCAGAGAGUCAACUAACACGUCAAGAUUUAAUAAUUCCGAAUAUCUGGGUUUGGACAAACAACGCCACUACAACAGGUACGUUUCCCUUCUCUCGCAAGCCACUCUUCCCACUAACAACUGGUAUAAGUCUGUGUCACUUCCACCACAGACACCUCUUCCUUCCAUUUUCAACCGAGUGUCCAGCAACGAUUCUGCCGAUAUUACCAAUGGUGCAAAUAGCAGCCGAACCUACUCGCCUGCGCCGUCGGAGGCUCCAGCCUUAAUCGAAGGCGACGUGGCCGUUAGCAUCACGAGGCAAAGCAUGGCCCGGCUCUCUCACUUCCCAGCUGCCGAUGUUACACCGACUUCCAACAUCCUCCCUCUGAACCAGGGGGACACCACGAGAGGGACCUCUGACAAGAACCAGACCACUGCUAACACCACCACUCCUCCACGAUUGCAGCUGGGCCCACAGAUUUUGUUGCCUCCCUUGUCGAUGGUCUCAGUAAUCACAUUAACCUGUUUAUGUACUCUCCUAUGGAUAGCAGCACGGUGCAGGAAAAACAGGGGUCACUAUGGAACUCUUCAGCCAGGUGAUGCGGGAUAG